AUGAUAUCUUUCCGCUCCAUUUUCGAAGCAAAAGGUAAAGAGGAGGAAGUUCCCCUUACGGGAAACACAACACUCGACGUUGCUUUAAGUACUUUACGUCAACAAACUGUGCGACCAAUGAUAGUUAACCCUAAAAUAAUUACUAAUUUAAAUACUAUUGUGACAUUACCAUCUGGAGAACCCAUUCGCGCUUUACUCCGUCGGUUAACUCAUUUGAAAAUUAUACCGGAGAGUGAAGAGAAAGGAACUGUUGUUGAGGAAGUUAAAGUGACCUUUGUUUCCGUCUCGCCGUUGCUUCGUUUUGAAAUCCUUGGACUUUCAGGGAAGUACGUGUUAGGAAACCUCCCAGAGACUUUAAAGGAAGUUCGUGUCGACAAUGUCGAGCAAACAGUAGCCGAAGAAAUACUGUUUUCUGACUUGAAAGAGUGGAAAAGCUUGGAGACCCUUUAUGUCACGCGAUGCAACUUAUUUGAAAUUAAAAAAGGCAGUUUUACACCAACCAAUUUCCCAAGACUUAAGUUUCUUGACGUGUCGAAUAACAACUUGACAUGCUUGGAAAACAUCGGAGAGAGACCUCUCGACGUCUUUGUUGGGAACAACAACAGAAUUGAAAAUGUGAAUUGUCAAAUAGUUGGGUCCAUCUCGUCGAUUUCACUUGAUAACAAUAAGAUCACUACCCUCUGUCCGUUCGGUGUCUUUUUACAACUUCGAACUAUCUCGUUUAAGAAUAAUUUGAUUGAAGACUUGGACAACGUGAAAGAAGCUUUUAGCCGACUGUAUAACUUGACAAGUGUGAGUCUUGAUGGGAACAAAUUGUGCGAUUCUAAAAUUUAUCACAUACAACUGGCGGCGUAUCUUCCAUCGACUGGGUUUGGUAUUUCUGUCAAAAUAGAUGACAAAAUAGUGAGUCCAUUAGACGUCGCAGAGUUUUUAAAGCAUGUCCCAAAGAAGAAAGAAGUUGUGAAAAUAGUUAAACAGGAAAUAACAGACAAAGACGUAGAAGAGUACAUCAGAGCAAAAAUGGAGUCUGUUUUGAACGCUAAAGGUGAAGACGAGAAAGUGUUCCAGACGCGGAACUUCCUCCAAAACAUCUAUGAGAUUGUUUCGAAGAUAAAUACAACGAUCGACCCCAAUGAUAUCCAACUCAAUGAAUUGAUUAAUAAAUAA